AUGGAUAGAAACGAGACUGUGUCAGAAUCGAAAGUCGCAGCGCCGGUUGCUUUGUUUAAGAAACGAGGUUGCAAAGGAAAAACAAACUUGAGGAAACGACCGGCCACGCCGCCACCUGCGCACAGCGACAGCGACAGCGGCAGCGUCGACUAUUCGUCGUCUGAGAAUAAUUCUGGCAGGCGUGUGAAGCGUCGAAAGAAAGCCGCCGCAGUGGUCGCGGCCUCUUCCAAAGACGCAUCAUUCGGAAACAAAGAUCUGGAGGCGACGGUUUUCACCGCCAACCGAAAUGUGCCCAUUUCCAGCUCAAACGACGCCACCAGACAGAGCAACUGGCACGAUGAGGACGCAGCAGAAGAUGCUCGCUCCGGCAAAGUUCCGUCUUCAUCAUCGCGCUCAGCGCCGACUCAACCGCAAACCGAAGGCACCUACAAAGGCUUGGCCAACCAAACGUCCUUUAUCCGAAAGAACCCCGAUGCGCCGCAGCGCAAAGUCGGUCCGAUCAAAGCGCCUACCAGUAUUCGAACCAUCACCGUGACCGAUUUUGCCCCUGACGUAUGCAAGGACUAUAAGAAGACGGGUUUCUGUGGUUUCGGCGACAAUUGCAAAUACCUGCAUAGCCGCGAAGAUUACAAGCAUGGAUGGCAGCUCGACAGAGAAUGGGACAAUGUGACAAAGGGCAAAACCAACCUGGGUGGCACAGUCGUUGCCAGUGCAAAUCGCAAGAAUCUUGACGGCGACGACGAGGAUGACGAGGAUGACGCGAUGCUUCAAAACAUACCAUUCCUGUGCAUCAUAUGCGAGGACUCGUACAAGUCGCCAAUAAUUACCCGAUGCGGUCAUUACUUUUGUGAGGCGUGUGCGUUGAAACGGUAUCGAAAGCAGCCCACGUGUGCGGCGUGCGGAGCAGGAACCAACGGCGUGUUCAACUCGGCGAAGCGACUGAACAAGCUGUUGGAGAAGAAGCGUGAGCGAGAGGAGCAAAGGAGGCGCGCAGCUUCUGAGGCGGGCGAAGGCGCAAGCCAUACAGAUGGCGGCGAGUAG